AUGUCCAAGAUGUCACUCACAGAUUGCGCUUUCAAUGCUCCGGCUUCAGCUGCUCGCAGACAUCUCAAGCGAAGAAGUCAAGAACUGAAUUGCGCAUUGGACAGCACCCGAGAGCGCAUCGAUCAUCGCCCACAUAAGAAGCGCUGCUGUGAAGGAUUUCUUGGAAGCAAACAUCCUACCCAAUUCCUCACGCUUUGGGCAAAUCGGCAAAGCAAACCAGUAUAUCUCAAAGUCAGGGACUGCGCUAAUGCUGAUGGAUCUGCGCGAUGGUACGCCGAGGUUCGAGUAUUGCAAAAGCGGUUUGUUACUCCGAUAUCUUCGAGUAAUAAGGUCAGAGCUAGGCGACAAGCAUCAGAUAUGGCGUGUUGGUGGAUUUUGUAUGGGGCGCAACUUAUGAAAGCUGGCUUGAUGUCAUUGGUAAGCUCAGAUGCUCUCGUCUUGCACCCUAUUCUAACAGUCAUAUGGGACGAGUACUGUUCGAGCUCAGAACUCUCGAGAGGAGACACAGAAGGUUUGGCUGUCUUUCCAGAGCCCGAAAUCUUGCCGACAAACACUACUAGAACUCAACAAACUUUCCAAAAACUCUACCCGAGGGUUUUCAUGACUCCCAAGAGAAUGAUGAACAAGCGAAGAACCUUGCGAAGUAAUGGUUCCUAUCGAGUCAACAGAGGCAAGUCUACCGACUAUUCUACGGCUUCGAACACGUUUCAGAAUAUGGCACAAAGUAGGAAUAUUAGUAAAGAAAAUGUUCCGUUCACUUUCACAUUGGAGCUCCCAAUUCGCCAACGCUGA